UGCUGCAAGAUCAAAUUCAGUGGAAGGAAAAGAAGCUGGCUGCAGAAUUGGCUGAGAUCGAGAAGUCUUACAAAGAGUCUGAGCACAUGCUGAAGGAACAGCUUGAUGAAAAGACCAGCAUUAUACAGGCCAAAGAUGAAGCAGUUGGCGUACUAAAGAUGGCUUUACAAGAGAGAAACUUCAGCGGUGACACCCCAACCAAAACACUAAGUCCUGAUUCAGAGAAACUAGUAAACCUAUUAGAAGACAGAAUCAAAGAAAAAGAGCAAAUUAUUGCAACUCUACAAGGAGAAUUGCAAUCACGGAAUGAUCAAGUCCAYCAGCUCUCUAGCUCUGUCAACCAAAUGAGAGAAGAAACCGAUGGUUUGAAAGAUGACUGGACAAUACGAGAAAACGAACUUGUUGACAAAGUCGCAAGUUUGCAGAAAGAACUGAAAGAACAUGAAGCUGACAUAAGCGAGAAAGAGAAAAUAAUCAAGGAGAAAGAUAGCUCUUUACAAGCAAGUCAAGAAGCUGUUUCAAAACUUAGAGAAGAAAUUGAAAGUAAGGAUAACAAAAGUAUGGAGUCUUCGAAUGARCGUCUUCUAUUACUGGACACAGAGAAAGAGAGACAGUUUCUGGACGAAAAACGUGCUUUCCAAGAACAUUUGAAAGACUUGCAAAAUGAACUUGAACGUGUGUCUGAAGAGCGCAAUGAACUGAAGAAAGCGAUCGAACGCCCGGCUAAAGAACUGCAAGAAGAGCUGAAUCAACUUACAGCAGAAAGAAACCAACUCGCAAAGGAUUUAGAGACAGCACAACGUGAUGUAGAGAUGAGAAACAAAGAAGCGAAGGACGCCACAGCGAAGAUGUUGAAGGCGAAGGGRCAAAUGAAAUCAAAAAUUAACAAUUUGGAAAAGCAAAACAACAAACUGACUAAAGAACUGGAAACUAUAAGAAAGAAAAAACCUGCAGCCGCUGAAAGCAGCAAACUCCGUGAACAAAUUGCUGACCUUGAAGAAGAGAAAGGUAACCUACAACUGCGUCUUKUUGAAAGCGAAGAAAUGAAGGUAUCCUUGGAAACGCGAGAAAAACGUCUUAARGAACUCGAAGAACGAUGCAGUCUCCUUGAAGAAGAAAACAAAACACUUACCCUUAAAGUUGUGGACGCGGAAGAAGAGAAAGGUCAUAUUCAGCUUCAAAAUGUUGAAUAUGAAGACAAAUUCUCCAAAGAUGAAAAACAGUUCACAGAAGCUCAAAAGAAGGAGAUAGAGAAACUGUUGUGCGAGCUGGCUGAAGUCAAGAAGUCGUUAAAUGAAGCAGAGGAAAAUAUUAAAGAGCAAACGACUGCUAAUGAAGAACUUACGAAAACAAUCAAUGAAAUUAAAGCUAAGGAAGCAACGUUCGAUAAAGAACGAGCGUUUUUUGAUCAAACUUACAAAGAACUUGUGGAUAAUAAUGAAAAUCUUAAAGCAAACUUAGCUGAAGUUGAAGGUUAUCUUUUACGUGAGAGAGAGGAGAAAGUCUCUUUGCAGAUUAAAAUGGCGCAAGUCGAUGAAGAGAAGGAGACGUUGGAGGAAAAGCGAAAAGAGCUGCAACAAGCCUUGGACGAAUUCUACUGGACGACGGACAAGGAGAAAGGGCCUGGUACUGUGGAGGAAGGACCACAAGACGAUGAAGGUCAAGAGGAGAUGGGUGCGAGUGUAGGGACAAUUGUUGGUGCAUCCAUGGAAGGGUCAACUUUCACCGAUAUCAUCAAGCUUCAAGAAGACGAAAAAUACGGUCUUGAGAGAAGGAUUGAUAUUCUAGUCAAGGAGMGAAAAAGUUUCCAGGCCAGAAUUGAGGAGCUCGAAGAAAUGUUAGAAGCCGAGCGCGAAAAACAGAUCAAGAAAAAUGAAGAGAUCAGYUCAGACGAGGACGCAGAGCACGCAAGACAGGCACUUGAAGAAACACUCAAUUCUACCAUCGAAGAACUACACGAAGAGAAUGAACAACAGAAGUCCAGGCUACAGGCUGCAAUGCAAGCCAAAGCUGAAAUCGAGAAAGCCCUGAAAGACACCGAGAGUCUACAUCAGGAAAAGAUCGAAAAAACAGAAGAACUGCAACAGAUAGUGAAUAACUUGAAUCAAGAAAAUGAGAAAACUAAUCAAGAGAAUCAGGAAUUGAAGAGAAAAAUUGAGGAGCUUGAGAAUGCAAAGUCAUUAAUCAUGGAAGAAUUCAAUACUGUCAAAGAGGAAUCUGUUUCAAAGGAUGUCUAUGACGCAAAGCUUGUUGAACAGUUGAAGGAAUGUGAUACUUUGAGAGGGCAGUUGGAUACUGUACAAGAACAAUGCAAUAAAAUGUCUGAAGAAAGAGAACAAUUACAGAAGAAAAUUGAAUAUAUCAUCUCUACCAAUGAGACUCUUAUUGACGCCAAAGACGAGGAAAACAAUGAAAGAAUGAAGAAGUURGAUGARCAGUUAGAGGAAAGACAGCGACAUACUGARUACUUAGAGAAUAAAAUAGCACAACUACAGCAAAACCUACAGCUCUUUAGGACRACAAUGCAAGAAAAAGAAGAACUUAUGAAGCAAGUUACAACCGAACUGGAGUCUAAGGAAAUAACAAUCGCUGAAUUACAGAAGAACCUGGAGAAAAAAGAAGAUGAGCUUUUAUCGUAUAGUGAUAAAGUGGCAUCUAAGGAGACGGAAUUUUCUGAAGUACAGCACCAGCUUAACCUGAAAGAUGCAACAAUUUCAUCAUUGAAAAACAAAUUAGAAGAACAAACAGCACAACUGGAACGAUCGCAGUCGAUUGCCGAAAAACAAAGAUCUCGUGCAGACUCUAUGGAUACRCGUAUCGAACAGUUAGGCAAAGCAUCAUCUAAUGCUAUCAAAGAACGCGAUGCUGAGAUCAAUGCUCUUAAAGAAAGACUUGAAAAGAUUGAAAAAGAAAAAGUGGAAGAGGCUGUUCAUCUUCAAGCAAGUGUCAAAGAAAAGGAAACGUCUCACCAAACUUUACUUCAAGAGAAAAAAGAUCUUGAUCAACGUGUGUCGGAGUUGACGGCCGCUAAAGAGGAACUCGUUCAUAACCUUCUUGACGUUAAGAGGGAACUCGAUGAUCUGGGGCGAAUCAAUGAAGAAUUAACCAGCAAGAUCCGAGAUCUGGAAGCCGGAGCCGAGGGGAUGUCUGACGAAAUAGYCACUUCAACGUCAGCAGUUGCAAGCUUGAAAGACCAAAAUGAAAAUUUAUUGAGAGUCAAUGAAGMAUUGCAGAACAAAUUGUSUGAAWUGAACACUGGUAACGAAGUCAUGGYGGGUGAACUGACAAGUGCAACUUCUUUAGUAACMAACUUGAAAGAACAAAAUGAARACUUACARCAGAUUAAUGRGGGUCUGAGAAAUUCGAUCCAAGAGAUGGAGUCUGGACGAGAAGCAAUGACAAACGAGCUGGUCGARAUCAAGGAAUCAAAUGACAAUUUCAUGCAGGUAAAUGAAGAUCUAAGAAGAGAGGUUUGUGAAGUGGAAGCCAGAAAAGAAGAAAUAUCAAGAGAACUUGACAAUUGUAAAUCAWCAUUAGAUGAAUUAAAACAAUCACACGAGGRCGUUAAGWUUGAAAAUGAAAACUUAAAAACUAAAAUCCRCAAAUYAGAAUCAGAGUAUCAAGAACACUCCAGGGAGAUGGCAUCUCUACGUUCAACAUUGACCAYUUYCAAAGAAGWAAACGAAAAUUUGCUGAAAAGAAUUGCAGAUUUAGAUUCAUCGAAUGAAGAACUUUUAAAUACAUUAAACUGUUCAAUGAAAGACAAGGAAGAAUUGAAAGAAGAAAUCGAGGCCCUAAAGCAGUCGUUGUCAGACACAACGCUGUCGAAAGAAGAUUUGGUCCUCGCUCUGCAGAAGAGACUAGAAGAUUCUAUUGCUGAGAACAAAGAUCUUGUACRAAAGCUCGAAGACAMUGAUAUCAUUAUUGCUGAACUCAAUCAAUCACUGACCACAGAGAAAGMUAACCACGAAAAAAAGACUAAAUCUUUGCUUGAACAGUUAUCGGAGGUUGAAAGUGAAAUCGCUAGACUGACCGAGACGUGUUCUGCGAAAGAUAGCGAGCUUGAACAUAGCCAAUUAAUCAUUUCAAAUAAAGAUGAAGAAAUUCAAGAGCUUCUUUCUGUGAAAGAAAAUAUUAGGAAUGAGCUUUCUCUUAUGKCUGAGGAAAAAGAGUCUAAACUUAGAGUUAUGGAACAGAGUCUCGAAGAAAAAGUUCAGGAAUACAAAGAAGAAAUCGGGGAAAGAAGAAAAGAAAUUUUCGAACUAAAAGCAAAGGAAAAUGAAUAYCUUGACGCUUUGGAAAACAAAAAYAUUGAGAUAAUUGAUUUAGAAAAGUCUUUUUCUCUAAACAUUGAAAGUAAAGAAGCGGACCUUGAAGCMAGAAAUGCAGAGAUUGAAGCUCUUCGGGGAAAAAUAGAAGAGAGCAAUGUAGUACAAAGYGAAAAAGAUGAUAGACUUUCAGAAAUGGAAAAAGUUAUCGAAGAAACUAUUGAGAAAUCGAAAGAUGAUAUAGAGAAGCGAAACAAUAGAAUCAAGGAGCUUUCUGAGAAGGGAAAGAAGAUUUCAAAAGCAUUGAAAAAGAAAGAAGAGACUGUAAAUGUUUUAGAGACAGAGCUUCWAGAGAUGAGGCAAGAGUUGGAAAUUACUAAGAAAGAGUUAAAGGAAAGCCAAAACGAAAAGUCUUUAAUUGAAGAAACUUUGGUCGCAAAGGAGGCAAGCUUUUCACUGGCAGAAGAAUCUCUAAUCCACGAAACUUCCCAGAAAGUACAACUAAGCUUGCAAGCCGAACAAGAAAAAUCAUCGCUGCAAAAUCAGCUCAUUGAAAUUUCUGCGGAAUUGCAGGAUGCAAAUGAAAAAGUGGCUCAGCUAGAAAGAGCUAUACAGGAAAAGAAAGAUCAKGGAGAAGCUAUGGCUCAAGAAAUGAAUUCGCUAAAUCAACAACUUCAAGUAGCAGACGCGCAAUAUCAGGAGGAAUUGUCACGCAAAACCGCACAAAUUUCAGACCUUCAAAUURUCAAUAACGGAAAGGAAGGCGAAGUGAAAGAGUUAUCGAAGGAGCUCGAAAAUUCUGUCUUAAAAAUAUCAGAACUGAAUAGCUUGUUAGCAGAAAAGGGCCGCGGUGAAGAGGACUUACUAGGAAAGACUAGAGAGCUAGAAAAUAUCAUUGUUGAACUUCAAGCGAAGCAAUCGAAAGACGAAUCUCGAGAACUUGAAUAUAUUCAGCUUACAAACGAAAAUGCUGAUUUGAAAGAGGAACUUUCGUCUAGAAUAGCAACUUUAGAGUCGUUAUCUGUUAGAUUUGGAGAAGUCSAAAGUACUAUUAAUGAAAAGGAAUCAGAAAUUUCUGCACUGAAUGAUAGCACUAGUAAGUUGUUUCUGGAGAAGGACGGACGUAUUGGGGAACUAGAGGACGAGCUAAGCGCUUCUSUGGAAAAAUUAAAGAAAUUUAAAACUGAAUUCAAGAAAUUCAAAGGAAUGAAAGAACAACUUGCAUCUUCAAAAGAAAAGAUCGAGCAGCUUGAAAGUURUAUUGAAAACCGUAAAGAAARUACSCAGGAAGUUUUGAAAAGUAAGGAAGAUGAGAUUCUACUUAUGCAGGAAAGUUUUGAAGUACAGACAGAAGAAAUCUCCACUUUAAGAGAAGAACUAAAUAAAGCAACGACGAGAGUGGAAGAUUUGGAGACGCAGCUUGAUGAGAACGCUGUGAAGUACCAAGAACUCCUCGAAGAAAAGGAAAAAGAAAUAAGUGACCUUCAAACUAUUCUCCAGGAGAGAAGCUCUAAUAUGGSAAUUCUUGAGACAAGCCUCCAAGAGGCAACUUGUAAGACAGAUGAAGUAAAAGCAGAACUUGAAGAACAUCAAAGCAAACUUGCAGCAGAGGUUAAAACAUGGAAGAAGAGAGCACAGAAUCUCAAGAAAGCUCACGAAACUAACAAUAAAGAAAUCCAAGAUUUGAACGAAUUGGUUGAAACACUAAAGAAAGAAUUGAAUGAGAGUAUUGUCAAGAUGGAAUCUCACGAGAUAGACUUGAAAGCUGUAACUGAGGAGAAGRACAUACUUAUUGAAACCUGUAAUGCYCUUCGUCAGGAAUUUGCUAAUUUAAAGGAAGAAAAUGAUAGUAGCCGCAAAAUCGYCGAGCGUUUAAAGGAAGAGCUACAAAAUAAGGAGCUUGAUUCUACGCAACUUGAAAGCAUCAAGGAAAGUUUCCGAAAGCAAGCACAAGAGCUUCAGGAUUAUCAAGAAGCUUAUGAGGAAGUCUCUAUUGAACGGACAAAGCUCAUUAGCUCUCUUGAGUACUCUGAUAUAGAAAAAAAUAAUGCAAAAACGGAAGUUGAAAGUUUACGAAAUGAAAUUGAAAAACUCAAUUCCGAGAAAGUUGGCCUAUCUGAAGAGCUUUUGUCAUUGACAAUUAGAGACGAAGCCUUGCAAUCUACUUACGAAGGAGUUACUGAAGAAUUGAAAAAGAGCUUGGAGAAAAAUGAUGACCUUCAGUCCCAACUUGAAUCAGCUUUAGCAAGAAUCGAAGAGUUUGAAAAAGAGUCUAGUAUAAAGGUGACCGAAAUUCUUGAAAGUUCAGCAGUAGAGAUAAACGAACUAAACUCUCAGUUGAAACACUUACAAGAGGAAAAAGAACAUCUCGAAGAAAUCAAAAUAGAUCUCGAAUCAAAACUACAAAGCUCUUUGGCGGAAACAGAGGAGCUGAAACGUCAAAACGAAGAACAUCAAAAAUUUCUCUCUCUCGCCGUUCAAAGAGAACAUGAGCGCUCAUCUGAAUUUCAACAAGAUUUAGAUACUGCCAGAGAAAACAMCGAGGCACUAAAGAAAGAAAAGGAUGAGAUCGAGAAGCAUUUCAAAGAAGCGUUAGACAGGGAAAUCCAAUUGCGAAGCGACUUAGAAAGCGAACUCCAAAGUUACCGCAGCAAGGUUCAAAACCUCGACMAAGACAAAGCUAACAGUGAGAAUGCAUUCAAAGUUCUUUAUGAACAAGAACUUACUCUCAAGAAUAACCUUGAAAUGAAACUCAACGAAAUGGACGAAGAAACGGAAGGAAAGCUUGAARAACUGAGAUGUGAAUUAAAGAAAUCCAUUCAGGAGAAAGAAGAACUUCAGAACGAACUAGAUUCUCUGAAACAUGAAUAUGAGGCAGUUAAUGCGAAUAUCCAAGUGUCCUUACAACAGGAACUAGACAAGAAGGACCUUGAGAUUGAAAAUGUGAAGACGCAACUUGUCGGGCAGUUCAAUGAAGAACUAGAGGAAACACUGAAUAGAAGGAUUAGCGAAGUUACAGAGGAAAAAGACCAAGAAAGGAAAAAUGUCGAAGACGAGUUUAGCCAGAAACUUCAAGAACUCAAAUCCCACAAAGAUGAGGUCAUCGCGAAACUUAAGGACAAAAUUCGCGAGAAAAUUGAWUUAAAUAAGAAGACAAAUACGGACUUUAAAUCUAAGAUUGAAAACAUGAAGAAAGACAAUGAGGCAAAUCUCAAUGAAUUGAAACGUCAAAUGGAAGAAGAAAGAAGCUUGAGAAAUGAUCUGAAUGAUGAAGUCAAGCGAUUGAAUGCUGAAGUUGUACAACUUAGAGAAAUUGAAGUUAUAAAGAAAGACCUCGAGGAAAACUUUUCUUCGAAGUGUGAAGAACUCACCAGUGUAAAAAGUGAGUGCCAGGUUGCCUUGCAAGAUAAAGAAGAGAUGUACUUAAAAAUGCAGCAAGCUUUACAUAAUGCCCAAAAUCUURGGCUGGACUUGGAGAGAAUACAGACGGAAAAAGUCGAACUUGAUGUACGUCUACAGCAAAGCACAUCCACAGAAGACGUCAAGAAAACCGUCGCUGACAAGGAUAAAUUCAUUCAGCAGCUGAAGAAAAAGCUGAAGGAGGAACGUACGGAKAAAGAGAAAAUGAAACGCGAAAUGAAUGAGAAUAAAAAUGCGAUUGACGAAAARCAGAAAGAAAUCAGCCAAAUGAAAGAAGAUUUCGAUGUGAAAGCUCAGGACAUCCAUAAUCAAUAUCAGCAGGAGAUUGCGUUUUUGACCGAGCAAUUUAAAGACAARAUAUCAGAGGAUUCUAACGUAGAAUCCCUUAAGAACGAUCUUAAAUUAAAGCUCGUAGAACUACAAAGCAAGGAGGUGAAAAUCCAAGAACUUAUGCAACAGCUUUCUGAAGCUAGAGAAAAAAAUUUGCGUUUAGAAAUACAACACAACGACACAAUUACCAGUAUGACCGUCGAUCUUCAAACUGCAGCAGCAUCCCAGUCAGAUGUCUUUGAGUUGAACAACAGUGUUGACAAACUGAGGACGGAAAAUGAAGAACUCAAACGUAGCUUAGAAACAGUAGAAAAWUCAUUAGCAGCUGCUAAAGAUGAUGUCAGUCAAGUUGAGGAAGAAUUAAAGCUUGAUCUUGAAAAGGUUUUAAAAGAAAAAGAUGAUCUAGAGGAGCGCCUUARAAAUGAGAAGAUAGAAGUUGAAUCAAGCUUCAUGGACAUAUCUGCAAAAUGUACAGAACUUGAAGCACAGUUAGAGAGAGCUCAYCUAGAAAGAACGUUAUCUCAAGAUGGCAGUGAUAUUGCUAAGACUGAUGGCGARGAAACUGGUGAUAGAGAUGUUCUUUCGGCAGAGCUUGAAAAAGCGAAGAAGAAUUUUGACAAGAUUAAAUCCAAGCUUAAAAAUCACGUUCGACAAAGCAAAGAAGAUAAAGAAAAAUUGAACCAGGAAAUCCUAAAGCUCACAAAUGAAAAGAGAGAAGCUUGUGAGAGUCUUCAAAAAGAGUUUGAAGCCAUAAUUCGUGAWAAAGAUGAUGCCUURUCAUUUAUAAAAGAAGAAAUGGAGGCCAUUCGUGCUGAGAAGGACUCUGCCGUUGGUGAAGAACUUGUCGGAAAUCUCUAUAAGGAAUUCCAUGAGAAGUUGAAAGAAAAGGAAGAUGCUUUGGUAUUUAUGAAAGAAGAGCUCGAGGCUGUGCGCGAAGAGAAAGAAUCCACUGAAGAUGAACUCAACGCACAGAUAAUUGCUCUGAAACAGCAGACAAGUGAUCACACUGCUGCUCAACUCCCAUCGAAUAAAGAGGACUGUGAUCAAUGUGCGCAAUUGAAAAGAGAACUGGAURAAAUAAGUACCGAUAGGAAAAUGAUAGAAAAGGAAGUGAAACAUGAGUUCGAUCACAUCUGUCAAGGUCUAAGAGAAGAUUUGCAGGAUGCUCUAAAAGAAAAAGAAGACAUUCAKCGCACAAUGCAUACAAUGUGUUUGGAAUUAGAGCAAAAACUURUGAACACAGAAAAGAAAUAUGAUGACCUGCAAAAGGUGAUACAGGAAAAAGACGAAAGAGAUAAUAGCUGGAAGGACGAAAUGCUAAGAACAACAGAAAACCUGUGCCAAAGGGCUGAGUCGUUGCACGGAGAAAAAGACUCUACUGAAAACUUAAACGAGGAACUGAAAGCAUCCCUGAAAGAAGCAAACUUUGAAAUAGAAAAACUUCAAGAAGCCUUGUCUAACAGUAAAAAGAUGAAAGAAAACAUGGAGGAAGAGAACAAUAAAGUCCUUGCCGAGAAAGCACAAAUUUGUAAACAAUUAAGAGAUGAUUUUGAAAAGGCUUUCAAAGAAAAAGAAGAUGUUCUUGAAAGUUUGAAAGAGAGGUUAGAUGACGAGAGAAAUGAGAAAAGGAAAGCGGAAAAUGAAAGCAAGAGGUUUAAGAAGGAGAUCGAGCAAUUGCAAGACAGGUUUGACCAAACAAUCAAUGAAAAGGAUGAAAUCUUGCGAAACCUAAAGGAUAAAGUGAACAAUGGUCGCGAAGAACGAGAACAUCUGGAGAAAGAACUAAAGCAAGGCUUCAGUGAAACUCAAAUUGCCUUUGAAGACAAAAUAAAAGAAAUGGAACAGACAGUUGAAAGAGUACUCUCGGAAAAAGACGAAAUGUUCAAUAGAUUARUGAGUGAUGCAGAAAAAGGGAAGGAAGAAAUGGCCGAAGGCUUACAAAGAGAAUUCGAGAUUAUCCGAGCGGAAAAGGAAACCUUGCUCCGUGAUGCACAAUCUAACAUUCAACAGCUUUCAGAUAAUCUUAAAGAGUUACAAAAUGACAAGGAAAACAUGGAAAUAGAACUUAGGAGAUCUUUAGAUGCUUAUGACUCAUUACAAAACAGCUUCGAAGAGUUGAGGAGAGAAAAAGAAAUCUUUAUAGAUAGACUCGAUUCCGAAACCCAGCGCUUUGAAAAAGAAAURUUGGCAAAUGUUGAGGCUCAUAGAUUAGCUAAUGMGAAAAUUGACGCUGAAAAAAGUGCAGAGGUCAAGGAACUUGUUGAUAAAUUGAACAAUCUAAAAGAAGAAGCUGCUAGCCUAGAACUCUCUAUUUCAGAUAGAGAAGAAGACAUCAGGCUGCUAAGGGAACAGUUAAAUAUGGAAAAAGAACAACAAGAGAUAAAACAGCAGCAAUUCAGUAAUGAAGUUAGCCGACUGAAUGAAAUAAUUGAAGGUAAUAGUAAWCGGAAUGAAUUGUUAUCGCUCSAGGCCAAGAAAAUCGAGGAACUGACUGAUCUGAUAGAUGUGAUAAGCAAAGAAAAAGAAUCAUUGGCAAAGGAGAUUAAGAUACUGAAUGAAAGGAAUAGAAAUGAGGAUUAUAAUUCAGAGGAACUAAGAAAAUCCAAAGAAAGUUUGACCCAAUUAGAAAAUAUCACGGAACAGCUGAAAUCAGAGAACUCUAAAUUGGAGAAUAAAAAUGAGCAACUAAAAAAAGAAAUAAACGAUCGAGAGGAAGAAAUUGAGCUUUUACGCAAAGAAAACAAACAGGUGAUAGUCCAAGCAAAUCAAAUUGUUCCAGAAACGUCAAUGCAGACGCAAUCAGYUCUUGAGGAGGCCAGCAUCCUUCAUGCCCAGUCAGAAGAAGUUAGUCAACAUAGAAAUGAGCUACAAAACACAGAGUCAGAAUUACAAAAUGYCAAAGAAAUCAAUGAGAAGCUUAAGCGAAAACUUAAGCAAAUCCUCAAGAAGCGCGGAAAAAGUGAAAACGAAGAAGGYGAAGAAUUGAAUGCAUUAAAAGAAGAGUUAGAGAAAACACGAGAGGAAAGAAUUCGUGGUGAAAAUGUUUGCAAGGAACUACGGGAAGAACUUGAUCAGAUUGUUCGUGAAAAAGAAAAGAUUGUAAGCGACCUGAGGAUUAAACUACAACAAGCUGUAGUUGAGAAAGAAAAGACCGAAAAUCUGYUUGAURAAAAUAACAAAGUUAAGCAAGAAAUGGAAAAUACUAUGGCAGAGAUGUCCAAAGAGCUGGCCACUUUACAAAGUGACACAGUAGUUAUCGAGAAAAAUGAAAUGAUCAAAUUACUCGAGGAUAAACUGGAAAGUGUUCAUGCACAAAACGAACAAAGAAUCCAAGGUGUUACCAAUCAAUUUGAAAACCUUAUUAAAGAACARGCCGACAUCUCACAAUCUACKAGAUUAGAUCUUGYWGAAGCUUACCAGAAAAUAGAGGAACUYARGGCAGAGAUUGAAAAUYUAACUAAGGAGCGGGAAGAUAUCGACAAUUUAAAGAACAACUUUAAUCAUAUUGUGUCAGGACUUCGUGAAGACUUGGACCAUUCUCUUCAAGGCAAGGCCGCUGCCGAUCAACUGGCCUACGAGUUCAAAAUCAAACUUCGCAGACUGGAAGCUGAAACUGGUAUCCAAUCAUUACCUGCUAUGGUAGAUGCAUCAGUGGAUUGUUCUGACAUGGAAAAUGGCAGGGAAAWGGAACUACAAGAAUACAUCAUUGACUUGGAAGCAGAAAGAGACAAUCUAAAAAGUGAGAUCGAAAACCUUAAACCUGAACCGUCACAAAAUUCACAUUCACUAUCUUCAGGAGUUCCAGAAAGUAACGAAAUCGUCAAGAGUCUACAAGACGAUCUAAAAGAACUGAACUCCGCCAAUGAAGAACUGAAACUGAAGCUUGAAGACCUUAGAGAAAACUUUAGYACAGACUUGGCUCAGCUCGAACGUGAUCUAAAAACAACAGAAGAAGAGAAUUUAUGUCUCAAAGAAGAGUUGGCAAAUGUUGGCGAAUCAUUGAAGAAGAGUGAAAAAUCAAACGAUGAGAUGAGUCAUAUACUGCUGGGCUUAAGGGAGGACAUCAACCAAKCCAUYAACGAUAAAAAGGAAAAGGAUCUUGCACUGCACCGACUUAGAAUAGAGUGUGAUCGGUUGAGGAAGCAAAUUCCCACUGGAGGUAAACCAGUACCGGUUAUUCUUCCUCUUGAGAUAAAACAAGUUUCAGUAAGCUCUCCAGUAGAAGAAAACUUUGGACCUGAUUACAUGCAGGAUAUUUUCAACCUUUCCAGCGAAGAACCCCAGAGGCUGCCAUUCCUACCAGAAAAAGAAAUAUUAUUAUCAUCGCCCAAAGAAAAGAAGCUGUUUUCGCCAACGAAAGAGAAAGGUGUGAACACKGAUAAACAGCAGUUCCUGGAAGAGAGCAACGUUGARGAAGAGCUUGUUCAGGUUUGCGAAAAGAAACAGGAGCUAGAAAAGAAAGUACAGCAACAGGUGAAAAUCAAUGCUAAACUAAAGAACAUGGUCAGAAAUCUGAAAUCCGAUGUCGAGGCUCUUAAAGGGGAAUCGCAAAGGCUCUUCGAUGAAAACAUUGAGAAGGAACAACGCUGUAAAGAYUUAAGAGCAGAAAUGGCAGACUUGGUGAAAGAUAAGGAAGACAUUAUCAGUAGUUUUAGAGAAAAACURGGCGCCCUUACAGACGACAAAGGGAAACUGGUCGAGAACUUGCAGCUUGAAUUCAAAGAGCUUUUGUCUCAAAAAGAUUCUGAGUUGAAAUUGUGUCGAAGUCAGCUUCAAACAGCACAGGAGCAACUGGAUAUCAAGGCAACUGAACUGAAAUCGUUAAACGCCGACCAUGAGGAAUCGGUUAAUGCUAAAGUGGAAUUAAAUGAGAAAUAUAGGAAUCUAGACAAAAUUGCAAAACAAUUAAAGGACCACAAUGAAAAGCUUCAAGAACGUUUAAAUACGGUGACUGAGCAUGCUAAACAUGUCGAUGCAGAGAAUUCAAGAUUAGGGCAAAGAAACAUGGAUUUAGAGGAAAUUACUGCCUCACUUAGAAAGGAUAUCGAAGCGAUUGUACAUCAGCKCAAAUCCAAGGAUGUCACCGGUAUUUCGAAUGAAGAUUCUUUUAAAUUUGAUCAGAAUGAAACUAUUUUGCAACUCAAAGAAAAGAUUUCUGAAGAUAAACAGAUACUCUCGGAGUUGAAAAGCAAACUACACCAGUGCGAAAAAGAAAAAGAAGACUUGYUGRAAUCAUACAAUAUUSUAUUGGACGAGAAAAACUGCGUCAUUGAAGAAAAGGWAGUUGUGGAACAAAGACUUCAAGACYUUCGUCAACAGGUAGAAMCUUUGUCUAAAGACARCGAURAAGCGUUUCAUACYGAAAGAGACGAUUCAGAUGAAGCUCARCAUAARGAGCAAAACGAUUCUGCAAUAUCACAACUCGAAGAGGAAAACAGCAAUUUACGGGCUGUWAAGGAUGAGUUGUCUUCAAACAUACUACAACUCGAUUCAAAGGUGCAACAUUUAAUUGAAGAGAAAGAACUUAUCGUGAAAGCUAAUGUUGACAUCAGAGGAAAACUUUCGACAGCGAUAAAUGAACGAGAUCAGKUAACGAAAACUUUAAAUGAAAAAGAUGAGAACCUCCGUCAAUUAAAUCAAGAAUUGGAGAUGUUGAAAAACGSUGACACAAAUUCGAAUGGAGCUAAAGCUUUUUCUGACUUACAAGAAAAGUUUGAUGAACUUUCUCGUAACAACGCUAAUCUUCUCCRAGAACUCGGGAAUGCUGUUAAAGAUAGGGAAAUUAACCGCACAAAGCUUAAAAAGGACUAUGAACGAAUAAGCUCGACAUUAAAGUUUGAACUUGAAAACACAAAAGCACAGAGUCUUGACCGAGAAAAGACGAUUCAGCUUUUAAGRCUUGAAGUUGAAAGCGUUUUCAAAGAGAAAGAAAAUAUGGCCACCUUGUUGAGAUCCCAAGGAAAGCGCGCGGUGUCAACGCCCCUGAAGAGCGAGGCAGAUCGUCACGAGGGCUUUGCAAACACACUACACGAAAUGAAGACUGAAAUGAAUAGAAUYACCAAAGAAUACUACAAGACCAGAAAAGAAAAGGACCAACUGCAGACAAAGUUUCAAAAAGUUAGCGAGAAUCUUCGAGAAGAUUUGCACAAAGCUCUAGAAGAAAAUGUCGAGCUUUCUAGACAAGUCGACACAAUGGAAGAAAAUAACCACAUGCUGAAGCAGUCACUCAGAGAAAAAGAGUCAGCAAUUUUUCAACUGAAGAAGAAUUUUGAACAUAUUGGAAAGGGAUGGAGGUCUGACCUGGAUCAACUCCGAAACGAAAGAGAUCAAGUAUUGGCUAAACUGAAGUYCUACGAAGGUCAGUCAGGAUCAACUCAAAUCCCGGAAGCAGCAUUAAUUAMAGAGCACGAAAAUACAAUAAGAAAUCUUCAAAUGGAGAACUCGAAACUUCUGGAAAGGCGUCAAAAUGACGAGGAACUUUUCGCGUCUCUUUCCUCGCGCAUUAAUGAAGUGGAAAUACAAAAAAAUGUACUUGAAUACGAUCUUGAGCAUAGUAGGAACCUUCUUAAAGAAGCCGUAGAAAGAGAGAAUGUGGUGGAUGGGAAUCAACAGCAGAUAGCUAAGGAAGGAACAGCCGAGGAAGAAGUAGCUGUGGUGAUAGAUCACAAUCUGGAGUCUCCUGUGAUAAGUGAUCCACUGAACGAAAGGUUGGAAGAGACUUGUCGUCUGUAUGAUGCCAAGUGUGCUGAAUUCGACAAACUAUUGGAGAUACUCAAAGAAGAAAAGGACGCGAGGACUGAGCUUGAAAAGCGACUUGGUGAGACAGAAACACAGCUGCGUAACCARCGAGCAGCUCCGAUACAACAGUUUGCUAUUGAUAUGGAAGCAAUUGGCACCAGUCCCUCGACGGAGCAAGGUCAGAGACUMUAUCAAUACUCAACAUCAAGCAUAGGUCGUACAGCCAAGUCGUCAGUAUCGUACUUAAAAAGACUMUAUAAAAGAAGCCUGAAACCUCGUGGACUGGGUAAAACAGCAUUUGCUGCAUACGUCGUUCUUAUUCACGCGCUUGCCUUGAUGUUUGUCGUUAAACUCAUUACUGGUUAAAAAUGCCCAAGCUUCAGCACUAACUCACUGUAUUCCAAUUCCCAAAUUGCAGGGAAUUAGCCAUUAUUGGCAAUAAAGAGAAUUUGGAAAAUUACAAGCCUAAAUUCAAACAGAAAAAUGAUUAAAUUUGGGAAAGAAAAAAAAAAUACAAAAAAAAAAUAUUUAAUUCAAAGCCACAUGUAUGAUUAAACAAAAUUGGUCGAGGUUGUUGUAUCUAAUUUCACUCGUAAUACAACAAUAGCUUGGAUUAGUAUUAUGAAAACAAAUAGAAGCAAACGCCAGAGAUGYUAUAAGGGUUUAAUAGAAGAAAAUAUUUAUGAAUUUCACCGGUACUUACUGUUAUAAAUGUGAAUUUUAUAAGUGCUCUAUAUUGUACCUUAAAUUAUAAAAGAAAUAUAUUAAAUAAAAUUAGGGAAUUUUACACAACAUAUGUCUUAAUAUUUUUGCAUGAAGCUAUAAUAUAAAGUAAAGUAAUGGUUAUUAUUUUAAAUUCAAUAAAGUUUGGAAAGGAA